AUGGCUUCGGUUACAACCACACAAUGCAAUCUCCCAGGCACCAAAGAAGAAGACUGUUUUGCUUGGCCAUACAACACCACCGAGGUUCCGUUUUCCGCCCAGUCCUAUCUGCAAUCACUCCUGCGCACCCACCGCUUCGACCUCCCACAGCUUCUCCGGCCACCCCCACAGCUCGACCCCACCCAAUGGCUCUCUGAACACCUUCGGCAGCUCUGCAUCGAACUCGGCUUCUACCUCACCCACCUCCACGCCGACUGCACCGAGAAAACCUGCCCGAUAAUGUGCGCCCAAGAAAUGACAUACUAUUGUGCAGGACAUGGCAGCCCCAGACCAUGUAGUGCAAUGGGUUAUAGUGUGCAUACCUUGGAUUAUGCUGUGAGGCAGCUGGCGGUGGGCGCUGGCAUGAAACAUUUUCAGUCAAUGGUUAGGCGGCUGUAUCGGAUUUUCGCUCAUGUUUAUUUCCACCAUAGGGAGGUUUUUGAGAGCCAGGAGAGUGCUAGGGGUGUUUAUGCGUGGUUUGUCGCAGUGGUUAGGAAAUAUGAGUUGUCACCCGAGUCGCUCAUUAUUAUUCCUGAGAUGCCGUCCACUGUGAAAGACACCUAG